CCUCGCCUCGCACUCAGCAUGCACAUCCCUCACCUGGACAACAUUACCGAAACCGGCUCUCUUCAAUGCAGCAUGGCCAUGGAUGAGCAAGCGUCCGACAGCCUACUGAUUCGUGUCACUGUACGCCCUCACCUUGCCAAAACUUCCCCGAGCGGCGGUAUCAAUGUCACACUGGGCCUGGCUUUGUCAACUUGUUUGCUCCAACAUCCUGUGCCUUGGAAUCCAUGCCCAACAGAAACCGCUUUUCCUUGGACCACCUGCUGCCUGUCUACUGAUUAUGGACUGACAUGCAGAGAAUGACUUGCCUUGCUCACCGCCACCAGUGUUUGCGUUGCACCA